AUGUUCAAAAGUCCACUUCGAACUAAAUCGAAAUCACUGCAGGAGAAGGAAGCUGAACCUACCGCACGGCACCCGUACUAUUCACGAUCGUCACCGGUUCCUCCAUCAAGUCAGCAAAUCCAGCUGCAGCAAGUCCCUGGGCAGCAGCAGCAGUCACCGUAUGGAUCUGUGGGCCAAUUUGAAUCUACAAAGUCGCAGUUACCACCCAUCAACACGACUUCUCCAGCAAGACAAACAUUGAGCCUGGCGGGGCAGUUUCGACCAAUGUCUCCUGCCUCGCCAAGCGUGGGAAGCGGGCAGUCCAACUCUGAGCAAGAGAGGAAACGCGCAACCGACAAGAUCAUCAACGACUGCUACUCCAAGACCAUCCAAGUUGGAGAGCACAAGGUGCACGACACGGCUUAUAUCGCCCACAUUGGGAUCCUUGAAUACACACACUCAACGAGUGCUCCGCCGCGAAACGAGGCAGAGGCGGCCUCGUUUAAACAGCGCAUCCUUGUGUUGUGCAAGAAAAACUCGGGAAAAGUGAUGCUCCAAAAGGGGAAAUUCCUGGAGGAUCGACACCUUUACCAGAUUGGAAGAGACUGGGAUCUUGCCGAGUUGAGCACCAUCAAGAGAGUCGGCUCAGACGGAAUGAUUUUGAAGUUGAACAAGGACUACUACUGGAGAACCGAGGAAGAGGACUCGCGCGUGUGGAAGUUUUGUCGUUAUGUCUGCCAGGAGUACGGCUCCUACAUGGGACGAUACCCAAACCUCGAAGGUUUCUCCUUGGACGAUUUUAUGAUAUCCGGUCCACCAAAGUCACCUGCGCCAAUUUCGCUUGCAAGAUUCCCGCCAAAGUCUCCCACAGUUGCCGGUAAUUUCCCGCCACCUCGCACUGCUCAACCGCUGAGCCCAACCCCGCCGCUGGAACACAAGUCCAAAUCGUUGAAACAAAAGAUUAUGCAAAAGCCUUCGUUAUUCUCGAGCGACAAGUCGCCCAAGAAAACGGGCUCGCCCACGCUCACUCCUGCUAGCAGUCUGACGCAAACUACUCCAAACACACACAAGAAAACUUCGAGCGCUGGCUCUUUGUACAAGAACAUGGACUUUACCGUCAAUGGACAGUUGCCUAAAAAGGCCAUGAAGGUGAUUCUGAGAGAUAAGCCAACAAACGUGUCCUCAAAUCCCUUGGAAUUGACAAAUCCGACCCUGGGCAUGGCCCAGGCGAAUCAGUUUCAAGGUUCAAAGCAGAGCACCCCUAGCGUGCAUCGAGAGUCGCCGCAUAGCCAGAAUGCGCGUCGCUCGGUGGAAAACCCGGCUGGCUCCCGCGCAUCAGCAGACUCCUUGUUGACUGCAUCUUCAGAAAAGGGAAAGAGACCACAAUCGAAACUAAGAGGCAACGAGGAUGCUCGCAGUCUCGCGAGCAACGAAUCGCAUAGCUUCAUCUUUGGCUUGUCUGACCCCAAGGAGAAUAACCAAAACCAAGAGAAAUUGCAGCAGCAGCAGCAGCAGCAGGAUAAGAAGGCAGAGCUCCCUGGCAGCUAUAGAAGUAUGAUUCCCAUGGAGACGUUGGACGAGCGGACCAAGACAGCAGACACUGCGCCGCAGAACCGGAUGGAUCCUAUAGCUUUGAAGACGAGGACUUCGACUAAGCCUUCUUACAAGAGCAUGCUUCCUGCUGAAAAGAGCGAGCCACAAGGUUUAGAUACAGGCAGAGGUGUUGGUGGUGGUAGCAGGGAUCAAAAUUUUUUCAAAAGUGGGUACCAGGUUCAAGAUGCAACCGCAGCGACGGGCGGCGGCGGCGCCACGCCAAAGUCUCCAGAAGAGGCUAUUCAAGAGUUUGGCGAGUCCCUUAAUCCGCCCAGGAAAAUGGCUGCUUCAGCUCGCUCCCCCGAUUUUGGUAUAGAAGAGAUUACAGAUGAAAGCGACACUGAGCAAAAGCCAAAGCCACCACAGCAACAGCCGCAGCCGCAGCGAAUGAAUACGAACAAGAGAUUAUCCAAUUCAAUACGCGAGCUUAGGCCCAUUAUAACCAAUGAGAGCCAGGAGCUUCGCCUGCACGUUCGCAGCGGAUCAAACUUGUCCAAUCCUUACGCCACCAACCAGAAUGAAGGCACCAUGAUCAAUGAGUCAAGUAGAUAUGAUGACGUGACUUUGCGGAACCAGGAACCAAGCACCAACGCGAAAAAGAGAGAAGCCGGGUUGAACAUUUACACUACAGAGACACAGGCCUUCUUGGGAGAGUCCACGACGUUGGACGAUCAAAACAAGAUUGAUUCGCAUAUGCGCGAGUUGGAGAAUCUCCUCGACUCACACAUUAUGGGAGCAGCCAAUAAUUUGUUCGAAGAAGAACCGCAGGAUAAAUUGCAACGUGCAAACGAUUUUGCCGAGGCGACUUCAAAGGCUUCGUCAGGUCUGAAGAUUGACUUGAACCAUGUCGGCCCCGAACAGAAGCCGCCAUCGAUAAGGAGAGGCUCUACAAAAGCAUCGAUUCCCACCACGGUUGACUCAAUCAAGUUGCAAGAUUCUCGCGGCCACGAUGACCACAAUACAGAGCGCGGAUUGAACAUUCGACGUAAAUCGGAAAAAGCUGUUGCCUACACAGAUAGCGUACCGGCUCAACCAGCUAAGCAGGUUAUUAAACCGGUUCUCACCGUGGAGCCUGACCCUGAAACCGAAGAGUUUUUGAAAGAGUUGGGUUGGAGUGCCAAGAUGGACUCGGAAACUUUCUUAAAGAGCUUGAUCAAGGAGUUGGGAAAGACAAAACGUGAAACUGUCAAUAAGCUUGUUAGCGUUGACUUGACUUCCACUUUGGCCAACGACGUUGAAGUCGCUAGUGGCGAGAUUGAAAAUGUGCUCCACACUUUCCAGAGGAUGGAUGUUCGAUUAAAGACUCUCCGACACGAAGUUGGCGUUAUUGAUGAGGACUCCAAAGGGUUACAGUUGAAGUUUGUUAACAAAAAGUUGCUUUACAAUAGUCUCAACGGAGCCAUGUCACAGCUCUCAAUCAAUGGCAGCCAUUUGCAGGAGAUUGUCGAGUUUAGAGAUUUCGACAGGUUGGAUCAGAUUGGCGAGUUGGAAGUGAAAUUGUUGAGUUUAUACAGUGCGCUCAUGACCACCAGAACGGACCAGAACCAAACUAAUGCCGAUGGAGAUUUGGGCUCGCUUCGAGCUCUUCAACAACACCGAUCUCAAUACGAAAAGGCCAACCAGAGAUUUGUGAGACAUUUCUGCCUCUUUAUAUUGAACGAGUUUGAACGAAUAGCCAAUCAGUUGAACCAAGAUGUCGACAACUUCAGCUUGCUGACAUUUAUCGGCGCCAUUGGAAGAUUGCUCACAUACAGUGGGAUCACCUACUACGUGAGGGAGAUUGACGCGUUGGAACUAUCAGACAUCAACCAGCGCUUCAAUGAGACCUUUGCCAAGGUGUUGCAGAAUAUGUUGAUGGCGCAAGUGCGCAACAUGAAGAGCCAAAAAUCGUCGGCUUACUCGACUCCAAAACCAGACCACCCUGAACGGUUUUCACCAAGUUUAUCGCGGUCGAAAAGGUCCUCUUUGUCGCCUAGAUUUGCCAGUGCAUUUGAGGAGCUUGACGACGAGGAUGACAUUAUCCCUUUGAGAAAAGGUAGAUCCACGCGAUUUGGCAGAAAGCCCACGGGGAGAUUUGGCGAUGCUCUGAAUGAGAACGAUUACGAGACUAAGAAAAAAGCGCGUUUGGAUGCCUUGAAGCAGCAAAUGAUGGGCCAGAAGAGUAGUCACGACAUUGAAGACUCAAAAGCCGUGGUUGCGUUGAUUGAAGAGUCCAAGAUCAUCAUUAUGUUUCUCCAAUUUUUCAUGAUUACGUUUUUCCACUACGAAGUGUCGGACUUUGUCUUUGCCGAGUAUCUUCAGAACAACCCAUUCAGCGAGAGGAGGAAAAUGACCAAUAUAUCCAAGAGCAACAUUGCUGACAUCAUCAACGCCAACGGCAACAAUCUCACCAUUUCAAACGAUGUGAUUAACAACUUGAACAUGGUGUUGGGCAGCUACAUUGGCGACUUUUCCAAAAACAUACACCCCACCGAGUUGAACAAGCCGGUGAUAUUGUGGCAAUUGGAGCAAAUGACCAAAUCGGUGCAGGAGACAUACUUGAAUCAUGAGUAUCUACUCUACAAUUUCUUGAAAAAAGUAAGCGACCAGUACCAGGCGCAAUGGAAGAAAUACGUUGGUGAACAAAUUGAGGCUGUCAACGAUUCAAUCAUUGGCACUAGAGCUGGUGUCUUGCCAGCAGUGAAGAAAGUGAGCUUCUUGUUGUUGAUCACCGAGACCUCAUUUGACAACAGAGACGUUCGGGGCAGUGCCACUCGAAGCAUGAUUGACCAGGCAUAUGACCGCAUUUCAGAUAGCCUUGUGCACUUGUUCUCGCGCGAAGACCCACUCAUGAAAGGGCGCAGUAUGGAUGGCCAAGAGCGCGAGUUUAGAGAAGUAUCAACGGUGGAGAACAUUUUCUACAUUUUGCAACAAGCUAGCGAAUUGACCAGCACAAAUAGCACAGCAGCCAAGAAAUUGACCGAUAAGUUGACCCAAGUAUUUAAAAAGAAUGAACGGUCCUAUUUCCAACACCAGCUCGGCCCAAGCUUUGGACCACUCGUGGAUUUCAUCGAGUCGCAUAAGGACGAACAGCAAGGUUCAAAGGGCCACAAGAGCAAAAAACACGCCAAGCAGUUGCUUUCGCGGUACUCUGAGCACGACAUCAAGACUCAGGUGGGACACAUUCACGCGAGACUCGAGCAGCAUUUCACCAAGACGCGCGAGAGCGACGCCAUGUUUACGAAGGACUUGAUGGAUAGACUCUGGUUGGACUUGGAGACUGUGUUUAUCGACUAUUUCACGCGCUUGGGCAAAGUUUUAAGAUAUAGCUAUGAUCGCGAUUUGGAGUAUAAUGUCGGUCGACAGGACAUCCACCACAUUUUCAAAUCCGUGAGAGACAGCUAG